AUGCGCCGCACAAAGGCCGCCUCAUGUUUCAGUCGGUACGAUAUUCGAGAUACUGUAGGGCGUUUUCCUAAACGAAACUACUCACAAGAUCUGCAUCACGGAUCUGUCGAGCACUAUCCACCUUCGCACUACUUCGGUUGCCGUGGAGCUUCCCGUAGGGAUUUAAGAAUGGCAGUCGUCAUCGAGAAAUACACUCAUUUGCAAAUCAAUUUGGUUUUCACGAAUGACUCGACUGAAUCUCUCGUUUACAAUAUUCUGCAACUAAAUGUGCUACACACAGGUCGACUCAUGUUUCAGGGCGAAACCGGUCGUGGGCUGUCGAAGAGUUUUCAGCAACCUUGGUGUGUGGAGCAUCCAUCUUCGGUGUAUAGGACUAAGGAGAUGCAAUUCAAAGAUGAAAAUCAAAAUGAACAGACGUGUUUUGCCGCCGAAACGAAACGCAUUCAGCUACACAUAACGGAUUCCCGACUCACCUGGAACCAAGCUGAAUCUCUCGUUGGUGCUGUUUCAAGGCAACUGAAUGUGCUGCACCAGGCCGCCUCAGGUUUCAGUCGCUACGACAUUCGAGAUAUCGCGAUACAUAUAUAUUUUUGUACUGCAUUACUCAUAAGCCCACGACCGGUUUCGCCCUUCCACUUCGGGCUCAUCAGGUUGGCGCAGUCCAUUCAGUCCACUCAGGUGCAGCACAUUCAGUUACCUGGAAACAUUACAAACGAGAGACUCAGCUGGGUUCCAGGUGAAUCUCUUGAAAAACCAAAUUUGUUUGUGAAUGUAUGUAUUUCGCUAACUUCGUGCAAUUUGGUCUCAGUGAGAACAUACGGUAGACGGAAACUCAGGGACUGCGCCUACGUGAUGAGCUUCAAGAAGGGCGAAACCGUUCGGGGGCUGCCAACAAAUUUUCAGCAACCUUAUGAGUGGUACAUUACAAAUAUACAUGUAUCGCGACAUCUCGAAUAUCAUAGCGAUUGA